UCAACAAAGUAAAACCAAAAAAUCAAAAAGUUAACAAAAAAGAAGGAAACUUUCCUAAAAAGUGUUGAAACAACGAAAACUUUCGCAAGGUAAAAAGUUCGAAUAAAAGAAAACUUUCGUAAAAGAAAGAUUGAAUAAAAGGGGAUAUUUCGGAAUAAAAAUGGAUUUUCUCGAUUCAAUUCUUAACGCAAUGGACGCGCCCCCCAACACAGGUGAGCAGCAAAAGCAGCGCGAGUACAUGGAGCGCAUGAAGAACAAACAGCGCGAGGAGCUGGCACGUUUCCGCAGCUAUGUGCAGGAGCGCAUGGGACGCUUUGCCAAGGACGGUCGAACCAGCAUAGAGUUCCAGCCCUUUGACCGAAUUCAUCGAACCAUCAUACAGGAAGCGGCUGAAUAUGGUGGUUUUAUGGCGAUGAGCUUUGGUCGGGGCGAGGAUAUAAGACAGUCUGUCGUCUACAAGAAAGAACAUCCGCCCGACGCUGACGAGUUGUUUGCCCGUCGCAAAGGUGAAGGCUGGAACAAGGAGAUCGCCAGGCAGUAUGCGGAGCGACGCAAGGAUCGAUCCAAGCAGGAGCAGGAGAAGAGCGAGAAGCAAGCCUCAGCUGCUGCAACUGCUGCUAUUCCAGCUGAUGCACUUACCCCAGCAAUUGCUCCAGCUCUAGCAACUGCUGCCCCACCUGAAUCAUCCACCAUCAACAGAAUGCAAGCUACCUUCAAAUCCUCCGGUUCCACGCCCAGCGCCAGGGAUCACAUCGCAAAUUCCAAUCCCGCAAACAAACCAGUUGUCAGCUAUCGGGCCAAGUAUGCUCAUCUCAUUGCCGAACCAUCUACUCUGCAAUCGGUACGCGAGACGUCCACCAAUCAUAGUUAUGGUUUUGUGCCCAGCCGGUUCAAGAGGGACAACCGUUCCAUUGAGCAGACUUUGGCUGACAUACAGGCCAGGAAGCGGCUGCGAAUGCAACAGGAGCAGGAGCAGCAAUUGGGGAGGCAGCAGCUCGUGCAGGGGCGGCAGCGGAAGAUGCAGGAGCUAUCGAAGAAGCAGCAGGACACAAAGCUGGGACUCGUUAAGGAGCUGGCGUUCAGGAAGGACCCGUCGCGGGAGUCGGAGGACCUGAAGCUCGAACAACAGCCCGUGCUAGAGUUUAAGAAACGGAGUCCUGAGGAGCAACAAAAGCUGGUGAAGAAGCGAAAAGUUGAAGUGCCACGGAUAGAGGAGCUCCUCGCAUUGAGCGACGACUCGUCGGAGGAGGAGCAGCUCGAGCAGCAAAAGUUAGUUAACCGGAAGGUUGACGACAAAGUUCCAGUAGUAAAAGAGUAUGGGUCCAAUGAAGAUUAUUUGGAGAAAAGGCAGGAGAUCAUUUAUCCGGAUUUGAAACAAGAAAAGGAGUACGGGAUGAGCGUAGACUCGUCGGAGGAGGAACAAUUCGAGCAUCAACAUCCAUCGGAGAAGAGGCAGGAGAUAAUAGGUCUUCAAGAGAUAAAGGAGCUCGGUUUAAGUGAAGACUCAUCGGAGAAACAGCUUCAGCAGCAAAAGCUGAUCAAGAAGCAAACGGUUGAGGAAUUACCCAAAGAAUUCGUAUUCGGUAAGGAUUCGUCGAAGGAACAGCUCAAGCUGGUGAAGCAGAAGGUUGAGAAAGUGCCAAGGACAAAAGACUUGGGUAAUUCUUUGGAGAAGCAGCAAAAGCGGAAGAAGAAAAAGCUUGACAAAGUGCCACGAGUAAAGGAGCACGCGUUGGGUACGGACUCGUCGGAAGAGCAGCUCAAGAAACGGAAGGUUGAGAAUGCUGCAGAAGUGAGCAAUUCGUCGGAUAAGCAUUAUCCAGAUUCGGAAGAGACAAGCAGACUUCCGCUGAGUAAGGACUCAUUGGCGGAGGAGCAGAUCGAUCAGCAAAAUCGAGGGAAGAGGCAGGAGAUCAAUUGUCUGGGUCUGAAUCGAGUAAAAGAGCUUGUGCUGAGCGAGGACUCGUCAGAGGAGGAGCCAGGAAAGCUGACAGAAGAGAAGCAGCUUGUGUUGAUUAAAGGUCCUUCGAAACUUCACAAAAAACGUAAGAGGCAGAUAGUUAAGAAAGUGCCACGGGUUAAGGAGUUUGCGUUAGGUAACAAUUCGUCGGAGAAGCAGCAAAAAGUGGUCGGAGAAAUGCCACCGGUAAAGAAACUCGUUCCGAGUGAAGACUCGUCCGAGGAGGAACUGCUCGAGACACAGAAAUUGGAAGAGCAGGACCAGGUAAAGGAGCUCGCGUUGAGCGAGGACUCGGCGGACCAGCAGAUCGCGCUGCAAAAUUUAACAGAGAAGCGGCAGGAGAUAAUGGAUCUUGGACAGAUAAAUGAGCUCAAGUUGAGUGUAGACUUGUCAAAGAAACAGCUUAAACAGCAAAAGCAGGCGAAGCGGAUGGUUCAUAGAGUAGCAAGGAUAAAAGAGCUAGAGUUAAGUAAGGAAUCUUCGGAGAAGCAGCUAAAGCACCAAAAGCUGCAAGAGAUAAAUUAUCCGGAUCUGAGGCAGGACAGGACAGUGCUAAGUGAAGAAUCGUCAGAGGAGGAGCAACAAAAUCUAGUAGAGAAAAGGCGGAACAUAAACUAUCUAGAUCUGAAAAAGGGAAAGGAUCUCGCGUUGAGUAAAGACUCGUCGGAGGAUUCGUCAGACUCGUCGGAAGAGAAACAGCUCGCGUGGAGUGAGGACUCGGAGAAUGAGCAGAACGAGACACAAACGCUAGUAGAGAACAGGCAGAUAGAGAAACUCGCGUUGGGUGGAGACUCGAAGAAUAUCGAGCAGCAAAAAUUGGUAAAGAAGCAGGAGGUUGAAAAAGCGCAUCGGAUAAAAGAGGUCGCGCCGAUCAAAGACUCUACGGAAGAGCAGUUCAAGCUGGUGAAGAAUCAAGACAUAAUGGAAGACGCACAGAUAAAGGAGCUUGCGCGGAGCGAGGACUCGUCGGAAGAGGAAAUGGAGCCAAAACUGGAGCGGCGGGAGAUAAAAUAUCCGGUCCUCAAACAGGUAGAAGAACUUGCGCUAAGCGAGGACUCCUCGGAAGAAGAGCAUCUCGAGUCUAAAAAGCUAGUGCAUAGGAAACGGGAAAAGCUUGCGCUGGGUGAAGAUUCGUCGCUGGAGUCGGAUGAGGAGAAUCUCCAGGUUCAAAACCUGGAGAAGUGGAUGGUAGGGCCUGCCGGAGGCAGCGAGCUCGAGUUGAGCGAGGAAUCGUCGCUGGAGUCGGAGUAG